AUGAAGGGUUUCCGAGUUUGCCUCCUGGUCCAGCGUGCACUCCGAGAACCUGAAAGAAAGAACUGCGACGGAAUCAAACGGUCUGUUUGGUCCCUUGAUCAGACAUCCCUGCACCGGGCCCUGCGUCUUCCAGCCCGGGCAUGGAUAAGGCCAGGUCCUGGCGCGCGGGCACAGGUGGGAACACAGGGUGUGUGCCCGCAACCUGCUGUCGCCCCCGUGGACUCCGCGGCUAGCGACCCCCACAGAAUCCCGGGGCAGCGGUUUAAGGAACUGAAGGAAACUCCUGAACACGAAGAUGGGCUCAGGAGUCAGGACAGCUCGGACCUGAAGACAGUCGGAAGGAAGGAGUCCUCGUCAUCUCCUCCCACGGCCAAAAGACAGAAAAGAGACGCCAAGGGGAAGAAGGAGAGGAAAUGGAAAGUGGAUGAGGCGGACGCUCAGAAGAUGAAACUCCUGAUGCUUUCCGAGGAGCAGCUGAACCGCUACGAAGUGUAUCGCCGGUCAGCCUUCCCCAGGGCUGCCGUGAACCGGCUGAUGCGGAGCGCGGCCAGCACCUCGGUGCCGCAGACUGCGGUCAUCGCCAUGGCCGGCCUGGCCAAGGUCUUCGUGGGAGAGGUGGUGGAAGAGGCCCUGGACGUGUGCGAGAAGUGGGGGGAAGCGCCCCCACUGCAACCCAAGCAUCUCAGGGAGGCUGUUCGCAGGUUGAGCUCCAAGGGCAAAAUCCCCAAACACAAGCCCAAACCGGUCUUAUUCUAG